CCAUCAGUCGUUGCCUCUGUCGCCUUUUUGCGUGCCCGUGGCUCUCAAUUCACGAAGCUCCGGCUACCAGCCGAUCGCUGGAGUCUUCCCUUCGUUAUUAGGGUUUCAUCUGCGUUAACGGAUAAAUCGAUCUCAGAUCGAGUGGCUCUUUCAAGUUUCAACUACACUGUGAAGCCGUGAGGGUUUUUGACCGGAACUAGGGUUUUGGCUGUGUGAGGUUUGAUUGAAAGGUUGGAGUUUGAAGGCUUGAUCUGCUGGUUCUGGUCGUUUGAUCGCUUGGAGAAAGGAAGGUUUUCUUUUUUUCUGUUGGGAUUUUGAUAUUGAGGGAAGAUGUUCGGAAGAGCGCCUAAGAAAAGUGACAAUACCAGGUAUUAUGAGAUUCUCGGGGUCUCGAAAAAUGCUUCGCAGGAAGACUUGAAGAAGGCUUACAAGAAGGCGGCCAUUAAGAAUCAUCCGGACAAGGGAGGAGAUCCUGAGAAGUUCAAGGAGUUGGCUCAGGCUUAUGAGGUUCUGAGCGACCCGGAUAAGCGAGACAUAUAUGAUCAAUAUGGAGAGGACGCUCUCAAGGAAGGAAUGAGUGGAGGAGGAGGUGGCCAUGAUCCAUUUGACAUCUUCCAGUCCUUCUUUGGUGGCAGCCCAUUUGGAGGUGGUGGUAGCAGCAGGGGACGAAGGCAGAGAAGGGGAGAGGAUGUUAUCCAUCCUCUGAAAGUCUCUUUGGAGGACCUAUACAUGGGCACAUCUAAGAAACUCUCGCUUUCCAGGAACGUGAUAUGCUCCAAGUGUAAGGGCAAAGGAUCAAAAUCGGGUGCUUCCAUGAAAUGCUCUGGUUGUCAAGGAUCUGGUAUGAAGGUUUCCAUCAGGCACCUUGGCCCCUCAAUGAUUCAGCAGAUGCAGCACCCUUGCAAUGAGUGCAAAGGAACUGGGGAGACCAUCAACGACAAGGACCGGUGCCCACAGUGCAAAGGUGAGAAAGUUGUUCAAGAGAAGAAGGUGCUGGAGGUCAUUGUUGACAAGGGUAUGCAGAAUGGACAGAGAAUAACGUUCCAAGGAGAGGCUGAUGAGGCGCCUGACACAAUCACAGGGGAUAUAGUCUUCGUUCUGCAGCAGAAGGAACAUCCCAAGUUCAAGAGAAAGGGAGAUGAUAUCUUCUAUGAGCACACCUUGUCUCUAACUGAGGCCUUGUGUGGAUUCCAGUUUGUACUGACUCACUUGGAUAACAGGCAGCUCCUCAUUAAAUCUAACCCCGGGGAAGUAGUGAAGCCUGAUCAAUUCAAGGCAAUCAAUGAUGAAGGCAUGCCAAUGUACCAGAAGCCAUUCAUGAGGGGGAAGCUGUACAUUCACUUCACAGUUGAGUUCCCGGACUCAUUGACCAUGGAGCAGUGCAAGGCGUUGGAGGCCGUGCUCCCACCGAGAACAUCCCAGCAGCUGACGGACAUGGAGCUGGAUGAGUGUGAGGAGACAACACUGCAUGAUGUCAACAUUGAGGAAGAGAUGCGGAGGAAGCAAGCUCAAGCCCAAGAGGCCUACGAAGAAGAUGAGGAUGCUCAUGGUGGUGCGCAAAGGGUACAGUGUGCUCAGCAGUGAGGAUUUGUCUUCUCCUAGAGAAGACAACUGGAGGUGUCUCUUCAAGGUCGUAAUCCGGGAUGGGGUUUAAGGUGCUUGUGCCUUCUGUCAAAGAGGGGCAAUGCGAGAUUAUCAACAGCAAAUCUAAACUGUGCUGAUUCAGUGUGCUUGUUGUUGAAGACGUAUGAAUGUGGGGAAGUUUUUUAGUGGAAAACAUUCUUCUAUUUGAACUUACAGUGCUACCUACUAAUAUUCAUAAAAACUGUUCUAUCAGGCUGUCA